GGCAUCUUGGACAUCGCUACAUUAGUUUUUGGCAGCUCAAUAAAAGAAUAUUUUAAUUUCAACAAUUUAGCGACUUAAAUAUGUCUUAUCAAUUAUAUCGUAAUACCACGCUUGGUAAUACACUACAGGAGAGUUUGGACGAAUUGAUUCAGUACGGACAGAUAACGCCUGCAUUGGCCUUCAAGGUUUUGCUGCAAUUUGACAAAAGCAUCAACAAUGCUCUUAACCAGAGAGUCAAAGCGCGAGUUACUUUCAAAGCGGGCAAACUAAAUACUUAUCGAUUCUGUGACAACGUGUGGACCCUGAUGCUCAACGAUGUGGAAUUUCGGGAGGUACACGAGUUUGUUAAAGUUGACAAGGUCAAGAUUGUGGCCUGCGAUGGCAAAAGCGGCGAUUUCAAUUAACUACUAAGCAAAGCAAAAAAGGAUACAAAUUUCAACGCAUUCUACUUAAUAAGUUUCUAAUUAAUAAGUCAGUUGGCUAAUGUUCGCUGCAACUGCAGCAAUUCGGGGAAGUAAACUGUUAACACACAUAAAAUAUAAAUGUGAGAUGGAUUGUUUAAAUAUCUCUAAGAAUAUGUACAAUUAACUGAUCUGGCAUAUGUCAGAACUCUUAAGAUGCCUUAAAUCACAUGUGUGAACAUUUUACACCUCAAUUCUUGUUAUUGUAUUUAUGCCUAAAAAAAAAAAAA